UUGAAACAGGUUCUUCUAGUAUUUAAGKACGAAUCAUGCAGAAUCACACGGGAGUUCUGAAAUUUUUGCUGGCAAUUCUAAUUACACAAAUAACAAAAAUUGCGUCUUCUAACGAAUYCAACUCAACUUUAAAACUAGUCCACGUUCUUUUUCGCCAUGGCGACAGAACCACCGACGCUAGAACYCUCUACCCGAAAGACCCACUCAUCAAUGAAACUUAUUAUCCUUACGGCCUUGGAGAAYUAACAAAUAAAGGUAAACAAAAAGCUUAUAAAGUGGGGAAAGCUCUCCGGGGACGCUAUGGCACUUUUCUUGGCGAUGUUUAUACUCCGGACAUCCUGGAAGCUCAAAGUUCCGACACUAACCGAACAAAAUCAUCACUUCAGCUGGUUUUAACCGGAUUAUUUCCACCAGUUGGCGACCAAAUCUGGGAAUCUGGUUUAAACUGGCAACCCAUACCGUUCAAUGUCUUACCUCGAAGACAAGAUUCUAUUUUCUUCGGUUUGUCUUGCUCCACUUUCAAACGAAAAUUCGCYGAGAUUGUCACUGCUCCCAAAUGGCAAAAGGAGUUCAAAAAACACAAAACAACAUUCGAGUAUAUUUCGGAAAAUACUGGACUUGAGGUCAAUAACUAUUUCGACGUUUUUCACCUGUAUUUGUGUCUAACGACGGAAAAWGAGUUURGGUUACYUCUCCCAGAAUGGACGAAAAACGUCUACCCCCAACCCCUGAAGGAUUUCGCGAUCAAAACCUACGAACUCAUGAGUGCCACCAGCGAAUUGAGGAGGUUGUCAUCGGGGGGUUUGUUAAAGAAAAUUGUYGAUGAUUCGAAGGGAAAAAUCUCGGGGGAGUUGGUGCCCAAAAAUCGCAAAAUUUUUCUCUACUCGGGACAUGAGGUCAAUCUCGCCAACAUGUUGCACACUUUGGACGUUUUUCAACCCCAAAUUCCCCCCUAUGGUUCCUAUAUUUCGUUUGAGCUUCAUGUCGUUAACCGGGUUCCGGGAUUUAAGAUUUAUUACGAAGAUUACACUUCAACGCAACCCAGACCGAUCAAACUUCCAGCGUGUGAUGAAUUUUGCCCUUUGGAUCAGUUCAUUGACCUGCUUUCCGAGUAUUUCCCCCAACAGGAUGCGUGCAAUGGGAAUCACAAAUAGAAAUUUCAAAAGGGUUUUGGAGUUUCCUCGUCUGGACCCCACAUUAGGAAAGUUAAUAAGUCAAAUCCUAAGUAAAUUAAUAUGAAGAUCAGAACCUCCCUCUCCGUUAAUGUUGGCAGUCGUUGAAAAAGUCCAUCGAUACUUCUGCAAAUUUGGGAAAUAGUUUGCAUUUUUGUGCAAAAUUUGUUACAUCUCCAUCGCCAAUAAAUAAUUUUGACACUA